AUGUGUCAUGAAGCAAGUCCUUAUUGGCCUGGAGAAAAAUGGGGACUUCAAGAAGCCUUAAUCUACGCCUGUCAAAUGUUUAUUGAUAAAUCAAUGACAACUAAUAUUAAUCAACAAAUUUUUAAAAAUGUUAUCGAUAAUGAUAUUGAAUUUAUUUCUGAAGACAGUGAUGAUGAAGAAACAGUUAAUCAAUGUAUUGAGAUUACUAUUAAUAAUGAUAUGUUAUAUAAAGAAAUCUCAAAUGAUGAUAAUGACGCAAAUCCAGCUUUACCACCAAAUGAUAAUGAUUUAAAUGUCAACAACCAUGAUAUGGUUGAUGAUGUCAGUGAUUAUGAACAACAACAACAAUGUUUAACCAAGAAACGUCAGUUACAUAGUGGAACACGGUCAGCUGAAGCUCGCAAACGACGAAAUCGAAAAAGAAAUCUUUAUUUCCGAAUGCGACGUUAUAAAUAUCUUAUCACCUGUCCAUCCUAUUGUCAAUUUACAAUGAAAUUAGUCCGACGCAUUCUUGCUGAAUAUAAUAUUCAUUAUAGUCAUGUCAAAUCAGUUGAAGAUUUAUUAAUUAUUGGAGUAAAAAACAAAAUAAUUAAACAACAAAAUGAACGAAGACUACCCGGUGAUAUAUUUGAUAAACAUCAUUAUUAUUUGUUUCGUUGUCAAGCUCGACAUUUAUCAAGAAAAUCCAAUAAUGUACAAGAAUAA